AUGUGGUUAACUUCGUCACUUGUAUAUUCGGCGGUUGUCUGCACGCUUGCUGGCCAAGGUGCAAACGCUGCCAUCACCGCCCCCGACUUCACAUCAACAGCCUCGACCGAGUCCAUAAAGAAGACAGCCGGCAUCAUAGCGAAGGACUUGAUGAGCUUCUAUACCGGCGACAAACCUAACGAUGUGCCAGGGAAUCUGCCGGACCCAUACUACUGGUGGGAAGCUGGAGCCAUGUUCGGGACGAUGAUUAAUUAUUGGCAUUAUACGGGCGACACUCAAUACAACGCUGCUUCGAUGCAAGCACUGCUACACCAAAAGGGCGACGACAACGACUACAUGCCCUUAAAUCAGAGUAAAACGCUAGGAAAUGAUGAUCAAGGGUUUUGGGGUAUGGCAGCUAUGACGGCAGCAGAGACAAAUUUCCCGGCGCCUCCAAAGGAUGAGCCUGGUUGGCUUGCACUUGCACAAGGUGUCUUCAACACCCAGACAACGCGGUGGGAUAUGAAGACCUGUAAUGGAGGACUUCGGUGGCAGAUCUUCCCAUUCAACAAUGGAUUCAAUUACAAAAAUACCAUAUCCAACGGCUGCCUAUUCAAUUUGGGCGCCAGACUGGCUUUGUAUACCGGCAAUGCUACCUAUGCGGAUUGGGCAACGAAAACGUGGGAUUGGGUAGCCAAUGUGGGCUUUCUAUCCGCCGAUUAUCAUGUUUAUGAUGGUGCGCAGGUUGCCGACAACUGCUCAGUGAGAGACCACAACACCUGGUCUUACAACUCGGGCAUUUACUUGUUGGGCGCUGCAGCUAUGUACAACUUUACCGAUGGCAGCCCAUUAUGGGAAGACAGAGUAAAGCGUCUCCUCAACCAAACCACCAACACAUUCUUUGUUAACGGCGUGAUGCGCGAGCUUUGCGAGGCCGGCAAAUGUAACGUCGAUCAGCAAUCUUUCAAGGCGUACCUCGCGCGCUGGAUGGCCGCAACAACCAAUCUCGCCCCCUUCACUGAGAAGCCUAUACUCGCUCUACUAGCUAGCUCUGCCGCGGCGGCGUCUAGCACUUGCUCAGGCGGACCCAGCGGGACGCAAUGUGGGCUGAAAUGGACAACCCCGGGCGUGAAUGACGGAAUUCUAGGCGUUGGUGAACAAAUGGCUGCCCUCGAGAUCGUCCAAAGUAACUUGAUCACCACAACGCCGGGGUGGGUGAGUGCGGUCAAGGGGACAGGAAACAGCACGGGUGAUCCAAACGCAGGUAGCGACAGCAAAGGGGGGGUGGAGGCGUUGAUGUCGCGACCUAUUACGACUAAAGAUCGCGUUGGGGCAGGCAUAUUGACGGCAUUGGUAUUGAUUGGUGUUGUGGGCGGGAGCGCCACCAUGAUGAUUUCGGAGUAA